AUGGCCAUUCAACGGUUCCUCCUAACCUAUCUCCUUCUGGAAAUCUCUAUGGUGUCUGCAAAAGUUCCGGCAAUUAUUGUGUUUGGAGACUCUACUGUGGAUGCAGGGAACAACAACCAGAUAUCAACAAUCCUGAAGAGCAACUUUCAACCCUAUGGUCGCGAUUUCUUUGGAGGCCAGCCUACCGGGCGCUUUUCUAAUGGUAGGGUUCCAACAGACUUCAUUUCUGAAGCUUUUAAGAUCAAGCCAACGAUACCUGCAUACUUGGAUCCAACUUAUACCAUUAAGGAUUUUGCUACUGGAGUUUGCUUUGCCUCUGCGGGAACUGGUUAUGAUAAUGCCACUUCUGACGUGCUAUCUGUAAUACCUCUUUGGAAGGAAAUGGAGUACUACAAGAAAUACCAGAAGGACCUGAGAAGCUAUCUAGGCAAUGAUAAAGCUAAUGAGGUUCUGGGAGAAGCACUUUACCUGAUCAGUAUAGGAACUAAUGAUUUCGUAGAAAACUACUACGUAUUUAAACGCAGAUCAUCACAGUUUUCCAUAGAGGAGUACCAAAAUUUUCUAGCCGGAAUUGCUGGAAAUUUCAUCACAGAGCUUUACCAGCUUGGAGCUCGAAAGAUGUCUAUUAGCGGCCUUCCCCCGAUGGGUUGCCUGCCACUGGAGAGAACUAAAAAUAUCUUGUCUGGGAGUGAUUGUAUUGAGGAGUACAAUGAUGUGGCUAGGAUUUUCAAUGAGAAGUUGCAGGGACUGACUGAAAAGCUCAGCAAGAAACUAGAUUUGAAGAUGCAGCAACAGCCUGUUGUGGCACAGGAUUAUUUGAGAUGA